AUGGACGACCCGAAACUGCCACCGGAACUGGAACACGAUAUUUUUACUCUGCUCGCUAUUGCUGAUCUGGCUUCGAAUGCUCGUCUCCUACGUGUUGCGCACCGCGUCAAGCAGUGGGUCGAGCCGCUGCUUUACCGCACGAUCUACCGCUCUCCCUAUAUGAUGAUCAAAUUCACCAACGCGGUCUUGCACGAGCUUCUCGACUCUAAGCCACAGAAGUGCCGCGACGUCGUGCGCCACGUGAUGUUCUACGAUGUCGCGGACGAGAUCAGCCUCCCCCUGCUCGAGAGCUGCCGGUCGAUCGAGAACAUGUGGGCGGGAGAUAGGGUGGGGAUUGAUCUGCUCGCGCUCAUCGGCGGGCUGCCGAACCUCCAAAGACUCUACUGUCCCUUCGCGGCCAUUCAGCUCAUUCCCAGGCUAAGCUUCGAUUCGGCCGUGGCGCAACCGUUCGCGCGGCUGUCCCACCUGGAGCUCAACGACACGAAAAUCCCCGGUGCCCAGACGGACGCCCACAUCGCGAUCAUCUCGUCGCUGCCGGCGCUCUCGCACCUCGCAUUGAGCGGGCUGGCCUUCCACGGCCUGCGCCUGGCGCUGCGCGUCUUGCAGCGGUGCCCGCGCCUACGCCUGCUGGCGAUCAUACACUGGCCCACUUUCGACUCGUCAGGUCAUCCGCUGUACGAGGUGCUCGGCGCACGGAGGGAGGUGUACGAGCAGAACCUGCGGCUGGUGUGUGUGUUCAAGCGCCGGGAUACCCACGACUGGCUCGCGGGGACCCGGAACGAGCCUGAUUUCUGGGAGUACGCGGAUAGGCUGGUCGCACUAAGGCAGACCAGGGCUGAUGAAGCUCGCUCGUAUCUUGUCCUGCUGCCCGAUGCAAGUGCGAGCGAUAUUGCGGCGGAUGAAGCCCUACUUCGCGCUCAUCUCGCGUCCUUCAAGUAUGAGAUCUCGUUAUCUGAUCCAGGUGUAUGCGUUCCUAAUGGCGUAAGUGGACCCCAAUCUCCCCAGUCCAUGCGGACCGCCUACCGGCGUUGACGCCCGGCGAUCCCUCACGAACUUGCAUAGAAGCAACAUUGAUGGGACAAUCGACACGCACUUUCCACCCCAACGGGUACAUUCCCGAAUCCCUUCAAAUUCCCCGUCUGCACCAUGACCUGCGUGUCCUCGAACAGCCAGACAAACCCCAGACACAGCAAUCGCACUGCUGCUCGUUCCGCAGAAUACGCGCGUUACUGCCGGAGUCUCAAUGAAAUGAUCUCUGGGCACCGCAUGGUCUCGAACGCAUCCAUGUUGCCUGGGAGCGCCCUGCUACUUAGUUCGGUCAUUUCAGUGAUGCCCGUAGCGUAAUAGACACAUGAUCCUGCAGACUAAUACAACCAUCUUCGGCCCAGCGAAAUAGCCUAUGGGAUCAUGUCUUGGAUUAUCAAAGGAUUAUGACAGACAACAGUUGCAUGAUCAAAUGAUCGAGUUGAC